AUGACGCAUACUUAUUUGAAUCGAUUUCAUGUCCCUUCACUAAGCUUGAGUCUAAAUCUAUACAAUCACCAGUAUUACGGACUGGCUGGUGGUGGAACUCUAUUCUUUUUGGAGAUAGCUCCAGAUGGCAGUACUUUAUUAGAAGUGCAAAAGUUGGAGUGGAGUGAUGGACUGUUUGACGUGACAUGGUCAGGUACUACAGAGAGUGCAGCAGCUUGUGGAGCAGGUGACGGUGCUGUUAUAGUCUGGAGAGUAGGUUGCGCAGCUCCUCUUCGGGUAUUGAGGGCUCAUACAAGUGAGGUGUGCUCUGUUGACUGGCCCAGGACACACUUGCUGAGUGCUAGCUGGGAUACAACUGUGAAACUGUGGGACCCUGAGUCUGAAGCAUGUCUAAGCACAUUCGUGGGUCAUUCUCAGCUGGUUUAUACGGCUGCUUUCUCACCUCACUCACCGGGUACUUUUGCCUCUGUGUCUGGUGACGGGCAUCUGAAACUUUGGACGUGUACGGAGCCAUCGAGGCCAGCUGCUGUAGUCAAGGCUCAUGAUGCUGAGGUGCUGUCGUGUGACUGGAGUCGAACGGAGACGCACGCUCUGGCCACCGCGGGCUCGGACGGGCUGGUGCGGGGCUGGGACCUGAGGAGGCUGACAUCACCUAUGUUUACACUUAAAGGCUGUGAAUGUGCAGUAAGAAGGGUUCAGUUCUCUCCGCACGCCCCUUCAAUCAUAGCUGCGGGGUCGUAUGAUUUUACUACCAGGAUUUGGGACUUGAAACGUGGAUUGCUGACUGCGGCUGGGACUCUCUCGUCCACGUGUUUACUCCUAGAUCGCUCGCUUGAGAGCUUAUCAUUAAAGAUUCUCUGGAUCGUCUGUGAUUUGAAUCAAGCUGUGAGAGUGGAACUAUCGUGCCAAAUCACAAUAGUGUUUAUUGCAAAGGCAUCAGGGUCAUUAUCGCUUGGAGCGUGUCGGUGCAGGUAA